AUGUCUGUUGAGGAGCGUCGAUACCGAAACAAACUUGCCUCUGCUAAAUACCGCGCUAAAAAGCAAGCGAGCAUGAAAACCAUGACAACCAAAGUGUCGCAAUUGAUGACUAGUAACUCUACAUUGCAAAGAGAAUUAUCUAAAGUGAAGCAGGAGAACGAGGUGUUACGUGCCAUGCUUUCUGCCCAGCAACAAGCACCUGCUACGCCACCUAAGCAUUACCAACCUUAUUAA